AUGUCCCAUGUAGGCGUAACAUUGAGAUCUGAGGGCACAUGGAUGCGCCGGGCGACGGACGACAGCGCGGUCGUCAGGCGUGAGCGAACCAACGCAGAGCAGAGCCUUCGCCGUAGCGGAGUGACAGAUCUGUCGCUUACACUAGAUAUAUCUAUAAUCAAGACUUAUUCUAAAGGAGACAACACUCGGUUGGAAACUCGUGAAGAAUACUUCAAGAUAACGAAGGUGUUCACUGCGAGAGCGGGCGGCGCGGGGCCGCGGCCGGCGGUGCGGUAUAACAUAUCACUCUCUAAACGUAACAUGGAAGGCAAGAUGAGGUAUAUAGUUGUCCGGCCCGGCGCCCGCGCGGCUGCCCUCGCGACACUCUAA